AUACGUGAUACGGUCACGACAGCACCAGGAAGUUUGGUCUCUAUACGUUGUCUUUUAAAUGUAAAACAUUAUAACAAGCACCUUAGAACCGGAUUUAAUGAUCUUGUGAUUUAAACUAUAUAAAAAUGAAUCAUAUACCAUUUAAUUUAUGCACAGAAAAGUUGUAGAAAAAAACGGGAGUCGAUUGUCAGGUUGUUUGCUAAAGAGCUCCUAAUUCGAGUUAUCGUUCGUGGUUUUUAGAAGAUCAACCUAUACAGACUUGUUUUACAAAAUAGAUUCUGAAAAUAAGAGAUACAAUAUGGAAGCAUUUAAAUUUGUGUUUUUGUUUUCAUUUAUUCUACUUGUAUCAGGGAUUGAACUAAACAAAGAUGAACACGCAAGACAUCGUAGAGCUGCAGGGGACAAUGUUGCCGAGAUGGACGAAAUUUCAAGAAGCAAUGAAGUUUACAAGAGGAUGAGAAGUCAGCUGAGUUUGUUGGAAUAUUUGAUCGGUCAGAGAGGACCUCGAAUUCAUAUACGACAAUUUAUCAACUGGGAUAAAACCAUAGUUAUUGACAAUUUGUUUUAUGUUAAACCAGCAACUAUCUGGGAAGUAGCACGAGUGAUAAAAGCUGCCUCUAUGACAGGUAUUCAUGUACGCGCAACGGGUGCCGGACACACUAGGUCACCGUUAUACCCCGACGAAGGUCAUAUAAUGAUGGACGUUCGAGCCCUCAAGCGUCACGAUGGCCCGGACAUGGAACUUCACAAACCUAACCAAGUGAGGCCAUAUUACACAGUCACAGCUAUAACUGGUGUCUAUGAAUAUGAUUUAAACGAUUUCCUAGUGAAGAAUGGUUUAUCAAUGUUAUCACAACCACUCAAUGUAAACGAAACCGUUGGUGGAAUGUUGGCAUUGUCUACACAUGGAUCAACUUGGAAUGCUCCGACUUGGAGUGGCUAUGUUGUAGAACUGAGGCUUAUGGAUGCCCGUGGUCGUCUGCGUAGAUUUACCAUUGAGAGUCACACAGAAUUAAUGAAAGCUCUCAUGUGUAAUUUAGGGAUGAUGGGAAUAAUGUAUGACAUCACAAUCCAAGUGAAUGGAACUCUAAUUGCCAAAGUACAGAAUCAGUUCGUACCUUUAGAAGAUUUGUUCUAUAAUCAAACGAAUCUCAGAGAAACUGUGACGUCACACUUUUUGACAGAAAUAUCGUGGUACCCAUUCAAUUCCGUCACACAAGAGGAAGAAAAGGUCUUUCUUCAUAAUAACACAGUUCUUGAUUCGUGGAGAGUCGGAAGAGACCUCGUAUGGCUAAGAACAAUUGUUUUAGUUGACAGUGUACCAGAUGGUUAUACUAUUAAAGGUCCCGGGUUUUUACCAACUGGCGGAUCUCUUUCUGGUGGAAACAUAACUGGAAUUCUCCGUGGAAAGGCAAGUGAAAACUUUGACUAUAAUAGAAUUCUUUCAUAA